UUGAUGGAAUUUGUUUUGUUGACAUCUUAGAAAAAGUUAAUUUUUAGAUUUUAGGAUACUAUUUACUACAUAUAUUUGCCUGAUUUAACUGUAUCAAAAUACUUAAGGCUUUAUUUUUCCAAAGUCGUACCAAAAAGUGCUUUACUGAUUUCCUGAAAAAUCAAAUGGCAAAUUUCAAAAGUGUCCCGCCUACCUUAAAAACUCUUCAACCUUACUUAAAGAUUGCUGAAGAACAUGAAAAGCGUGAUCCAUCCAUAACAUAUUGGUGUCGCUUUUAUGCUGUUCAACAUGGGCUGAAAAAUAGUGCUAGAUCACCAGAGGUCAAUGCUUUCUUCAUCCAAGUUAUGGAUUGGCUCGAAAAGGUUUAAAAAAUUUCUGGAAAAGAAAGGGAGACAUGAUGAUGAAACCAUUGCCAGUGAAGUUGUUGCGCAAGCUCAUAUUGAAAAUUAUGCAUUAAAGCUUUUUCUUUGGGCAGAUAACCAGGAUCGUAAUGGAGAAUUCAAUAAGAAUGUUGUGAAAGCUUUUUAUACAGCUGGUUUUCUGUAUGACUUGGUUAAUUUGUUUGGAGAAUCUAGUGAGGAGGUUGCUCAUCACAGAAAAUAUGCAAAAUGGAAAGCCACUUAUAUUCACAAUUGCUUGAAGAAUGGUAUUGUUCCUACUCCUGGUCCUGUUGCAAUGGAAGGGGAAGAUGAAGAACUGAGCAAUCCAAACGAUAUGGCGAAUAGUGAAAACACGAGCCCCUACAUACCACAGCCUUCCCAGACCCCGUACCCUCCCGGGGGCCUGUUUAACAUGCCUGGGUUUCAACCAGAGGGGAUGAACCUUCCUCAGCCUGGAACUCAUGCUCCACCCACCACCCCCAAUGGAUCCAGUCAGAUUUCGCCAACGGCAUCAGCAGCAGAGAUCAGUGCCGAGCCAGAAGACACUAAUAGUUCUGGAUUAAAACCAGAAGACAUUAAAAAAGCUCAGAAGUAUUGCAAGUUUGUCAAUAGUGCUUUGCAAUAUGAAGAUGUGCCAGCUGCUAUCCAAUAUUUACAGAAAGCACUGAAAUUGUUAACAACUGGUAUUGAUGAUUAAAAUGUAAAUAUCUAUAAUAGAGAAUUAUAAUAGAUACUAUGCUUUUUAUAUAUAAAAUAUUGUAAAUUUUGUUUUUAAAAUAUUACUUUUUUUUUUGCAACUCAUUGUAUAUUUUAAUUAA